GAAGACCACGGCAGCAAUGGACGACCUGACAGUGGGAUUUAAGGCAGGCGAGAGGACAACAGUGGUAGCGGCUGAAGCAUGAAAGAGACGGUGGAGCCCGCGCAGUAUCGCCCCAACAUGGAGGCGUAGCGACAGUAGAAUGCGAGAUCGUUUUAUUGUAGCCUAGCAGCAGCAUCCAUCGAUCCAACCUGAGCGGAGGAGAGAGGAGAGAUGGGCUCCCAGGUUGUGCAGACCCUCCGUCAGGGGGUCUGGGCAUCACUGACCGGGGGUUGGUACCACGACCCGGACCAGAACAAAUUCAACAACUCCUGCCACCUCUAUCUGUGGAUUUUCCUACUGAUGUUGCCCUUGUCGCUCCAUCUGGCCCUGCCACCUACCACCAUGGCUUUGAGCAUCUACUGUACCUCCAUCACUGUUUUCUUCAUCCUCAUCAAGCUGGCCAACUAUCGUUUGCACCUGAUGUUUGACCAGGGUGAGGCGGUGGUCCGCAGUAGCCUCUCAGACCUCAGCAAGGCUCCAGACAAGAAGAGCAAUGCCUCUGACUCCUGUCUGCGUGCCAGCAUCAGGAAGAGCAGCACUGUCCCAGACAGUGUUGCCAUGACGAUGCUGGCUCGUAACCGUCCCAGUCCAGUGAUCCAGGUGACAGUUAAACAGACUGAAACUGACCCAGGAUUGAUUGGGGUGGAGUGUCCAAAGUCAGAUGAGGUGAAGGCUGUGGAAGGUGAUGCUGUCCUCCCACUAGGGCAGAGUGAGAGUGCUGCAGAGGAGAGGCCUGCACAGGGAGGUCUGCACGCAAGCCAAGAGCUUUCUCCAGAGGAUCUCUCCAGCCCCAACCCUGACCAGGCCGCCCCCCUGCUGCAGGCCCAGCAGAGGCCCCCAUCUCAAACUGGGAGAGAUGAGCUGCGACCUGGAUCUGCAACUGGGACGGGGAAAAAGGAUGUGGAAACCGUUGGGACUGGAGCUCUGACGGAGGGAACAGCCGUUCAGAGCCCUUUGAUAGGGCCUGACAGAGAGCAGUCAGAGCAGGAGAGAACUGCAGAGAAAGAUGGUGAUGACAAAGACACUGCAGACAGAGACACAGCAGAUGAAGGUCUGCCUCCCUCCAAGGGGAGUGAGGGAGAUAGCGGAGCGGAAAACGAGGACCAAAAAGAGCCCUCAGACGCCAACAAUAACUCAUUGGAGGCGCCGCAGGCCCACCAGGAUGACCCUGUUGAUGUCCCCCAAACUCCUACUCAGGCUGAGCCAGUGGAGGAAACGUAUUGCUCUGAUGAGAUCGCAGUGGUUCUGGUGGACAAUUCUGGACCCGGGCCAGUGUCGACUCACCUGGACGACAGCGACACAGUCAAGAUCAUCAUCACCAUGAGCUGUGACCCUCAGACGGCUGCUCAGCUGGAGGAGAGCGUCAUGCAGAGCCUUCUGGAGAAUGCACAGGCUCAGAAGGAAGCAGGAGAAUGUCACAUCAAGAUCCCUGUCAUCACUUUUGACUCCCCUGAAGAAGAGAGGCAGGAAGAGGAAGAGGGUGAAGAAGGAGCUUGGUCAGAAGACGACUCCACAGCGAAACAGCUACAGACCACCCAGAAGGAGGAGUUUCACCUAUGUAGGGAAACAAUCAGUUCAGAGUCAUCCACACUGGAAUGUCCAGAUCAGGACCAGGAACAUCUCAGUCCACAAAUGACAAAUGACAAUACACCGAGCCCACAAAUGACCAAUGACAACAGCUCGUCGGGCAUCGAUGUCCACUCCCACCCUGAUGACACGGAUCCACCAGAUCUAAAUGUGGAUUCAGAGGGUUUCCUGCGUCUGCCACCAGCGUUUGGCCGUUACGGGCCAGGGGGAAGGACUCACAUCCGUGGGCUGAGCAUGGACAGUGGAAAAGACGCCGUACUGCUGUCAGACCGCUCAAACAACACACCGACCAUGACAAGCUCUAAGUCAGACCUGGAAGCCAAGGAGGGACAGAUUCCAAACGAAUCCAACUUCCUGGAGUUUGUGUCCUUGUUGGGCUCGCUCAGCACCAGAGGGGGAGCGGCCAGUGCACAAGAAGAGGCGGAACCAGAACCCAAAGAGGAAGGAGCUGGAGCUGGAGAGAAAGAGGAUACAAGUGCAGCUCCCAAACCUGAUGAGGCAGUCACGGAGACAAACACAGACACCCAGUCUGAGAGACCCAACCCGCCCAACAGUCUGGCUACAGACACACUGCAGACUAUACCUCCCACAUGCAUCCCAAUAGUCUCCCCUGACAGUCCCCAGACUGACAGAGAGAAGGACCCGGACUACGAUUCCUUACCCUCGCAAACCUCUCAGUCAGAAAGCUCCAUGCUGCAGGUGAUCUGCAGGCCAGAGGCCACCAACAAAGAAGACGCUUACACCUUCCACACUGUACACAGAGACAGGCCUCGUAAACUGUAUGCAGAGAGAGCGCUCAACCUGCCCCUAGGAGCUGAGCUCAUCACUGGCAACAUGUGCGACCUGCUGUCAACCUCUUCCAACUCAGAAUGUCAGGACGGCCUGGUGGGCGGUCACGCCGACUGCCCUUUCCAGCGACGUAUCAUCCCGGCACACCGGCUCCGGCCGCGAAGGACGCACCCUGAGAUUUUCCAGGAGGAGGACUCUCUGGACGAGUCGUCGGAGACGUCCACUCAGGAGAAGCCAACCAGGAAGCUGUAUUAUAAACUCAAACUCUUUCCUGGGAAAUGGAUUAAUAUCCUGUAUGACCGACUCACCCUGCUCGCCCUACUAGACAGAAACCAGGAUGUUGUGGAGAACCUGGUUGCAGUCUUCAUGGCCUUCCUGGUCUCCUUCCUGGGCUUUCUGCUCCUCAACCAUGGCUGCUUCAAAGACUUCUGGGUCUUCCAGUUCUGUCUCGUUAUUGCCAGCUGCCAGUACUCCUUACUGAAGAGUGUCCAGCCAGAUGCAGCCUCACCAACACAUGGCCAUAACCAGCUGGUGGCUUAUAGCCGAGCAGCCUACUUCUGUAUCUUCUGCGCUCUGAUCUGGCUGCUGGAGCAGCUGCUGAGGAGGAAGGACCUGCCCGUCUCCACCCUGUACGGGGUCACCAUCGUCUGCCAUGAUGCACUGCGCUUCCUUCGGGACCUGCUAGUUGGUUUUACCUACUGCUUUCCGAUCACCUUCCUGGUGGGCCUUUUUCCUCAGAUCAACACCUUCACCAUCUACCUACUGGAACAGAUUGACAUGCACUUCUUCGGUGGGACCGCGGCGACGGGUCUUCACUCUGCGAUCUACAGCAUCCUACGCAGUCUGCUCGCCCUGUCGCUCCUCUACGGUUUCUGCUUUGGAGCUCUCAAGGAGCCAUGGGAUGAACAGCACACCCCGGCCCUGUUCUCAGGUUUCUGUGGCCUCUUGGUGGUCUUCUCUUACCACCUCAGCCGACAGAGCAGUGACCCUUCUGUUCUACUAUCGCUGAUCAAGUCAAAGCUAAUGCCGGCUCUGGUGGAGCCUGAGGAAGAGGAGGAGGAAGACUCAGACAUUAAAGACCCGCUGCCGGAGAAGCUGCAGAACUCUAUGAAGGAGAUUCUGCUGUCAGAUGUGGUCGUGUGCUCUGUUGCCUACAUCCUGACCUUCGCCAUCACUGCUAGCACUGUCUUCCUGUCUCUUAAGCCGUUUGUGACAAUUGUGCUGUAUGCUCUGGCGGGGACGGUGGGAUUCGUCACUCACUACCUGAUCCCCCAGCUGAGGAAGCACCACCCGUGGUUGUGGAUCUCCCACCCAGUCCUCAAGACCAAGGAGUACCACCAGUUUGAACCCAGAGAGGACGCUGUGCUCAUGUGGUUUGAACGGCUGUACGUGGGGCUCCUGUGCUUUGAGAAGUACGUGGUUUACCCCGCCAUCGUACUGAGCGCGCUCACGAAUGACGGCUUCGCCCUCAGCCACCGCAAGAAGCUGGGAAUUCACUGCGAUGUUUUCCUGACAACGGUUGCAGGGCUGAAACUCCUGCGCUCGUCCUUCUGCGACCCCAGCGUGCAGUUCCUAACUCUCCUCUUCACGCUCGUCUUCUUUCACUUUGACUGUCCGCGCGCCUCCGAGAGCUUCCUGCUUGACUUCUUCCUCAUGUCCAUCGUCUUCCACAAGAUGCGUGAGCUGUUGCUGAAGCUCCACUUUAUCCUGGUCUACAUCGCUCCCUGGCAGAUUGCCUGGGGCAGCGCUUUCCAUGCCUUCGCUCAGCCCUUUGCCGUACCUCACUCAGCCAUGCUGUUGCUGCAGACUCUGCUGACCACCAUUUUCUACACCCCACUGGCUCCCUUCCUGGGCAGCGCCAUCUUCAUCUCCUCCUACCCACGACCUGUCAAGUUCUGGGAGCGUAACUACAACACCAAGCGUAUUGACAACUCCAACAGCAGGCUGGUGUCCCAGGUGGAUAAAGAGACAGGAUGUGAUGAUAACAACCUAAACUCCAUCUUUUACGAGUACCUGACACGCUCGCUGCAGAAUUCACUUUGUGGUGACCUGCUGCUGGGCCGAUGGGGCAACUACAGCUCCGGAGACUGCUUCAUCCUGGCCUCUGACUACCUCAACGCCUUGGUCCACCUCAUCGAGAUCGGCAACGGGCUGGUCACCUUCCAGCUGAGGGGGCUGGAGUUCAGAGGUACAUACUGCCAGCAGCGAGAGGUGGAGGCCAUCACAGAGGGGGUGGAGGAGGACGACGCGUGUUGCUGCUGCGAGCCUGGCCAUUUACCCCACGUGCUGUCUUGCAACGCGGCCUUCAACCUGCGCUGGCUGGCCUGGGAGGUGAUGGCCACCAAGUACCUGCUGGAGGGCUACAGCAUCAGCGAGAACAACGCCGCCACCAUGCUGCAAGUGUACGACCUCCGAAAGCUGCUCAUCACCUACUACCUGAAGAGCAUCAUCUACUACCUGGUCCAGUCCCCGAAACUAUCCACUUGGCUGAAGGAAGUGACCGUUCAGGACUCCCUGCAGUCCUACACCAAGUGGCACCACAUCGAGCGCGACCCGCAGGUCUUCAGCGUAAAAAUCGAUGAAGACUACGUGCACUGCCUGCAGGGCGUGACUCGCGCCAGCUUCUGCAACGUCUACCUGGAGUGGAUCCAGUACUGCACUGGCAAGAUGGAGACGCCUGUGGAAAGUGAUGAAGACUCUCCCCUGGUGACUCUGUCUUACGCUCUGUCUGUCCUCGGGAGGAGAUCCCUCGGUACCGCGUCACACAACAUGUCCAACAGUCUGGAGUCCUUCCUGUAUGGCUUCAACACUCUGUUUAAGGGCGACUUCCGCAUUGCCCCCAAAGACGAGUGGGUUUUUGCAGACAUGGACCUCCUGCAGAAGGUGGUGGCUCCUGCGGUCAGAAUGAGUCUCAAGUUGCACCAGGAUCACUUCACGUGCCUGGAGGAGACGGAGGAGGCGUCCGUCCUGUACGAGGCCAUCACUAACUAUCGCAGCAGCCUGGUCAUUUGCCAUGAGAGCGACCCGGCCUGGCGCAAGGCGGUGCUGUCCAGCCGCGACACACUGCUCACGCUGAGGCACAUGAUCGACGACGGCACAGACGAAUAUAAGAUCAUCAUGCUGUACAAACGCCACCUCAGCUUCAAGGUCAUCAAGAUCAAUAAGGAGUGUGUGCGAGGCCUGUGGGCCGGCCAGCAGCAAGAGUUGGUGUUCUUACGGAACCGAAACCCGGAGCGUGGCAGCAUCCAGAACUCCAAACAAGCGCUGAGGAACAUGGUCAACUCGUCCUGUGACCAGCCGCUGGGCUACCCCAUGUACGUGUCACCGCUGACGACGUCGUACGCCGGGACGCACCGCACGCUCCGCAGCAUCGGAGGAGGGGCUUUAAGCCUGGACGCCAUCCGCUCCUGGCUGUGCUCCAAAUGGCUCCGGGUGCGUAAGGACAACCUGACCAGCUGUAACAGCGGCGUCAACAUGGAGGAUGUGGACUGCGGCGCCGGCGGGUCGUCCUCCCUGAGUCACAACCACCCCUCCUCCGUCACCUCCAACAGCCUGAGCCUGUACCAGAACAGAGCCAGGACGGCGCACAGCCACAGACACCACAACACAGCCAGGAGAGAGUACCGCAGCAGGUCAGUGCAGCCCCAGAGUCAGCGCCCCCCUGUCACUAGCCAAUCAGGACCCAUCUUGGACUCCGGCUCCACCCACGGGCUGGUGCAGCGUCUGUCCAACAGUCAGCUGUCCUUCAACACCUCCAUAGCCUCUAUUUUCUCCCAGGUCCCUCGUCUGUCAGGAGCUGGUGGGAUCAGCUCGCAGCUCCAGGCGGCGCAGCAUCAGCAGCGCUCCAGCCAGGUAUCCUCCUCAUCCUCCACUCUCAGCCUGCUGUUUGGGAAGCGAAGUUUCUCCAGCGGCCUGGUCAUCUCGGGGCUGUCUGCCGCUGAGGGAGGCAACACCACCGACACGCAGUCGUCGUCCAGCGUCAACAUCGCCAUCGGGCCGUCACACAGGUCUAGCAGCAGGGCUACACAGUGGACAUCAGAGCCAUAUGAGAGCAUAGAUGCGACCUAUUCGAACGCCGCCGUCACGCCAAAAGACAACGCGCCAUCCACUGACCAAGACUGCGGCCAGGGAGUGGACAAGACCCAGGAGGAGUCGGCGUCGGCCUCGACGGCCCCGGAGACUACGGAUCAAAAGACUGUCUGAAAAAACACACGCACACACACACACACACACACACAAAACACAAAAGACUGUGAGUGCAUGCACACUCAUACCCAUAUACAGAGAAGACUGUAUGAAAGAUCACACAGGCAGUCCUUACAAAAACACUCACACACACUCACACACACACAGACACGCACACACACACACACACACACAUACAGAGGAUUGUAUGAGAGAACACCCAUGCACACAAACCUGCCUCCUCUCCUGUCCUCAGCAUGGUCUUACCCUGUUGUCUGAAUGUAAACAGAUCGAAAAACAUGAUCUUACAUCCGGUGACGAAAUAAAGACGGUUUUUAAA